GAUUGUUCAUCCGAGCCAAUAGCAAACCGGUCGAUCCGGAGACAAUUCCCAGUCCUUCAGCGCCUAAUGAACGCGUGCGCCGGAACCGUGUCUUCUCUAACCCAAGCUUAAAGUAACCAUUGCCACGGAACACGUCCAUCUUGUGACGAGGGCAAAUCUUGCUUAAUACUCUGGGACAGCUUAUAGAAUUUGAACUACAUAUAGAUACAACUGCUUACUGUACCUGCCACUGCGUCUCGACGGUGUUACACACGAGCGCGAGUGACACAUGUCAUCUGCUCGACAAUCUUUCCCUCUCUCCAUCAAUACAGGCCAGAAUUCGGGUGUCACAGUAGUGUGCGAAGGAUGGGUUCUCAAGAAGAGAAGGAAAAAGAUGCAAGGAUUUGCUCGGAGAUACUUUGUCCUCGACCAGUCCGGUUCCUUGUCCUACUCAAUCGAUCCAAAGCGUCCCAUACGCGACAAAAUAUUCCUCCCUCACGCUGCGCUGUCCACUGCUGUUGGUCGUAAAGAUAUACACGUAGACUCGAGUAAUGCCACGUUUCAUAUCAAGUGCUUGACCGCAGAUGACUUCAAUACAUGGUUAACUGCAAUAAGACAGUUUGUCCUUCCCGAGGGACGACGGUCCCUUGCAGGAAAGACCACUCCUCGCCUGAGUCAAUCCCAGUUCAAUAGAUCUGGCGUUAUUGCUGAAGAUAUUGGCUCUACGAUAUCUGAGUUGGAAGCUGCUUUCGCCGCCCUCCAAUCCGAAAGUACACAUGAGAGGAGUCACCCUUCACUGAAGUCCAAGUCGGAGAAGGAUAAGCAUCAUCACCUUCCGUUCAACAUGUUCAAAAAAUCCCACCAGAUUAACGAGGACGGCACGUUACCGAAGAGCAACCUUGAUUCUCCGUCGAACCUUCGCUUUCAACAAAUUGACACUGCCCUCGCAGCUCUCAAGUCACAACAUGCUGCCCUACUGAAGUCCUUGCAGGCGCAUGAUGGCACAGCACCACCAACAGCUCGCGGCUCUCCUCUUCCCCCAACUACAGAAGAGAAGGAAGAAGAACCCCUCUCAGCUUCACGCUUCAAUACAUCACUCACUCGUAGAUCAAACUUGGCGAUUUCCAUGUCGAGUCUGAGCGACACCACACCUAACGAAUGGUUUGACGCCGAAGAGGAUGUAGGCGAGGAAUUCUUCCUAGACGUGCCCACUCCAGAUGAGGAGAUGGAGCUCUUUGUUCCCCAAUCCGACACUAGUAGUUUAAAUCAAACCGAAUCUGGCGACGAGGAGAAGCCUUCCACACCUCCAGCCCAUGAUCUAGAUCCCUCCGUGAACGCUCGUCAAGUGGUACGACGGACGCGCUUACCUUCGGGACCGGUCGGUGACGAGGGCAGUUUAUUCGCUAUUCUCAAGAACAAUGUCGGAAAGGACUUGUCUACGAUCGCCUUUCCUGUGUCGUUCAACGAGCCCCUGACUUUGUUGCAACGCACAGCAGAAGAACUGGAAUAUUUUAAUUUGCUACAUCAAGCAACUGAGGCUAAUGAUCCCACUCAACGCUUAUGCUUCGUUGCCGCGUUUGCUGUGUCCGGGUAUGCACACACAAGAUAUCGGACCGGUCGCAAAGGCUUCAAUCCCAUGCUCGCUGAAACAUUUGAAGACGUGCGAAUGAAGUUCCUGGCCGAGAAGGUGUCGCACAAUCCUGUCAUAAUUGCAUACCACGCAGAAGGCAAAGGCUGGGAAUUGAACGCGACUUCGGCCGGGAAAACCAAGUUCUGGGGCAAGAGCUUGGAAGUCAUUCCCCUUGGGACGACGCGGCUGAAGAUUGGGAAUGAUGAGUAUGAAUGGAACAAACCUUCAUCAUUUAUGCGAAACCUGAUGAUGGGCACAAAGUACCUGGAACACUGUGGCAAGAUGACGAUUGAAAACACGACGAGUGGUGCAACUUGCGUCCUUGACUUCAAGCAAAGUGGGUAUUGGGGUGCAUCUAAUGAAGUCUCUGGGGUGGUUCUCUCUUCAUCCCGUGAGGUAUCUGCCCGCAUAGAAGGCAAAUGGGACGAACAAAUCGCGCAAGCGCUCGACUCUUCCUACUUGCACGUCCUCUGGCGCAUCACACCAUUCGAGAAGGAGUCCCCACAAUACUAUGGCUUUACUGCAUUUGGCAUGACGUUGAACGAGAUCACGAGCGACCUCGAGGGUCGUCUGCCUCCUACGGAUUCGCGAUUCCGGCCCGAUGUGCGUGCACUAGAACAUGGGGACGACAAUGAGGCGGAGGCUCAGAAGACGCGCGUUGAGGAGAUGCAGAGGGAUAGACGGAGACGGGGCGCGGACCGAGCUCCAAGGUGGUUUAAGCAGGACGGGGAAGAGUGGACAUAUGCGGGAGGCUAUUGGGAGGCUAGGGCAAGGGGGUGGAAGGACACUCCAGUCGAGCCACUUUGGUGAUAGGCUAGGACUCUAUUGACACUCCAUCUCUAUUCAUACUACACUAGAUUAGCCUCUUCAAAUUCGGAUCUAUAUCAUGAUGUGGCCCAUCCGGGCGUGUUU